GAAACCUCGGCACUGGAGAGCUCUGCAUUGUUUGGGUUGAUGAGAGAGUUUCAUCAUUUGCUGGAGCUCAUACCAAUAAUUACACCCAAUAUUCCCAUCAUAUAGUUAAAUUAUCACAAAAAAUCCUAGCAGCAUUACGUGUAUUACAUCUACUGACAUCCAUCAAAAAAACAUCGGUACCUUUUGAUACCAAGCGAACAUUACAUCGAAAGACCAUGGUCCAGCCACGCCGACCAAUUAGAAUCGCCAAUGUCAGCGGCUGUACUGGUGAUGGCCCCCUUGCGCUCAGGAGAGCUGUCCGCGAGGGACCGGUCGAUGUGAUCACGGCCGACUACCUUGCCGAGGCCAACAAUGCAUGGCUCGCCCUCGAAAAGCGACAAGACCCCAACAAGGGCUACGAGCCGGGCUUCCUCCGCCAGCUGGACCGCGAGACGGCCCACAUCAUCGCCAAAAAUGGCAUCAAGGUGGUGCACGACGGCGGCGCGCUGAACCCAGAGAGCAUGGCCCGCGAGACCAGGGCGCUUCUCCACUCGUACGGCGUGACGGGCCUCAAGAUCGCCUACGUCGACGGCGACAACGUCAUGGGCAUGCUGGAGCAGCUCAAGGCGCCCGGGAAGGCCGCCAAGCACCUCGACGUCGAGGGAAGGACACUCUCCGACAUCGACAAGCCCGUGCUGAGCGCGAAUGCGUACGUCGGCAUGGGCGGGAUCGUGGCUGCAUUGAAGUUGGGCGCCGACAUUGUCAUCUCUGGGAGGUGUUGCGAUGCGAGCCCCGUUAUGGGAGCCGCGGCAUGGUGGCAUAACUGGUCGGAGACCGACUACGACCGCUUGGCCGGUGCACUUAUUGCUGGACACAUUAUUGAAUGUGGAUGUUAUGCCACAGGCGGUAACUUUUCUGGCUUCAAACAUAUCCCAGACAACUAUGACCAAGGAUUUCCAGUUGCCGAGAUAGCAAACGAUGGUACCUUUGACAUCUUGCUGCAGGAUGGCGCUAGGGGACUGGUCAGCAAAGAUACAGUCACCGCGCAGCUGGUGUAUGAGAUUCAGGGGCCAUUUUACCUCAACCCAGACGCUGUUGCAGAUUUGCGAGGUGUCAAAAUUAAGGAGAGCGGAAAGAACCGCGUCACCGUCUCUGGGAUAACAGGCUCGCCACCCCCUCCAACUACCAAGCUUGCCAUCUGCACGCUGGCCGGCUACCAGCUCGAGAUUUAUCUCUUUGCAUCCGGGCUGGACAUACCCGAGAAGCUGGCCUCGCUCCGCAGGCAGCUGGACGAGAUCAUCGAGAACAGGGCCGACUACACCGUCCUCCGCGUCGACCAGUAUGGUGUGCCUCAGCACGACGCCCCUACCGAAGCUCUUGCCACGUGCACAUUCCGCGUCUUUGCGCAGGCAGACCGCGCCGAGACGCUGGCCACGCUUCCCAGGACCAUCGGAGGCUAUACGGUCCUGGGCGGAUACUGUGGGAUGCACAUGUGUCUGGAUGUGCGCAUGCUCCAACCCAGGCCAUAUGUCAACUACGAGCCCUUCCUGAUCCCCUACACCGACGUCUCCCUCCGGGUGACAGUCGAUUCCCAGCCGUCUACGAUCGCACGACCACCCCCAAAAACUCAGGCCUUUACAUGCCAAAUCUCAUCCGACUCCCGCGAGCCGCACCGCGCCCUCGCCCACGGCCCGACGGCGCGCGCACACCUGGGCACGCGGGUGCACGCGCGCUCGGGCGACAAGGGCUCCAACGCCAACGUCGGCUUCUGGGUGCUCGAGGACGACGAGUACGAGUGGCUGCGCUCGUUCCUGUCCGUCGCGCGGCUGCGGGUGCUGCUGGGCGACGAGGACCGCGGUGCCAGGUGGGAGAUUGAGCGGUUCGAGAUCCCGGGCCUCAGGUGCGUGCACUUUCGAGUCAUUGGGAUCUUGGACGGCGGCAUCAGCUCCACUUGGAGACAGGAUGGGUUGGCUAAGAGUUUUGGGGAAUUUUUGCGCGCGAGAGUUGUGGAUAUGCCGACCAAGUUCCUCGAAAGAGGCAUCAUUUCCGGUGGACGGGUGGCUGAGCCACCGUCGACAGCCGUGUCUCGUCUGUAGGCUGCCGGCUAUGUUUUAAGGGACUCUGUAUACACGAAUAAGAAAGUCAACUACAUAAAAUGGUGUUAUUGAGACAGUCGCCUAGCCAUUAUAGGCUAGUUAGGACCUUUGAUACAGAUUACAGGCUCUGGUCUGCUUCCAUUAUGCCCU